AUAUUUGUGUCUCUUUUCUUUUUGUUUUUAUUUUCUUAUUUUCUAACAUAAGAAAUAUCGAGAGAAAUGAUUCCAAGAGUGAUCGUUCAAGGAAAUUUAUUUUAAUAUUAUAGAAGACGCAAUUAACAAGAGUAACCCGAUACCGUUGUUUUGAAAAGAUCGAGGUGUUAUCAAGACCGAUGCAUAAUUAUCUCCCCCCGAGUCGAAUUUGUCGAUAAAUUUGAAACGUUGCACGCAUACGUUUCAUUCGACAUACAUAUAAUUACGAUAGAUAUCUUACAGAUAAGAUACCAAAUAUAAGGAUAGGAAUAAGAAAGACAUUUUAUUUUCUCGUAUAUAUGAAAAGUCAGCUUUUACGUAGGGAGUCCUCUCCUCCUCUCCUUUCCAGAAGACUCGUCCCCACCUCCGCCGCAUCCUUUGGGUAACGAGUACGAUGAUCGUCCACUCGCGCUGGUAGUCAGUCAGUCAGUCAGUAAGUCAGUCAAUCAGAAUACUCGCUAAGUUAAUCGAUGAAUUAUUCGGAUUCGCUGAUCAACGCCUACCGUUUCUACAAACGUUUCCUAACGUUUUUUCAAUUUGGAAAUCUUUUAACAAAGAAUAACCUACUACGACAUAAGAUCGCGUAUCGUUGACUUGACGAAGAAGACGCGGCAAAGAGCCGAGUACGCUUCAUGCAUGUAAAUCGUUUUAUUCGAUGACUAAUAACGGCCAAGAAGAACGAAUCGACGAAUCAAACAACGACGACGAAAAUUAUCCUACAGUACAAAUCUAAUCCUAUUUCGUUUAUCUCCAAAUUAACAAAAGUCGGGAUUAGCUUUCUGUUCUCUCUCUCUCUCUCUCUCUCUCUCUCUCUCUCUCAUUAGCCAAUCGUCAAAAAAGGAUUUAGGUGAAAAAGUGUAAAGUGUAAAAAGUGAAGUGUGAAAGGCAAAACAAGCGAGAUAACGACUUGCGAUUAACGACUUGCGAUUAACGACUUGCGAUUAACGACUUGCGAUUAACGAUUUGCUUUAAGCAAAUUCAUUUAAGCAAUUCAUAUUUUCGAACGUGGGUCAUCGUACGCGUGAGUUCGUUCCGCGGCAAUCAUCCUUUGCUCUACUUCAUUCUUCGCAAGAUAAAUUCUUUUGUUAUUUUAUUCCAUGUAUUACUUGGAAAUAUUAUUUGGCCAAUAGAUAAAUUAAUCGAAUAAUAAUUACCUUUUUCCUUUCUAUCCUAUAUCGACAUGAAUCGACGCACCGUCCUCAUCGUCGUACUCGAAACAUAUUGAUCAUUAAUGGGUUUUCCCCAUUCAACGAUUCACGCCCACUUAUAGAGAUUUAGUUUAUAUUUCUAGAUGUAUUUUUAAUAUUAUCUACUUACGCGGGCUGCGUGUAUUCCUUACUGAAAUACAUUACUGAAAAAUGAACACCAAGACUGACGGUAAGAAACUAAGAACGGAUUUAUCAUCGUAAAGUGAUAUAAAGGAGAAUAAUAGUAUGCUCUAAUAAGAAGAAAGAGAGGGAAAGAGAGGAAAAUAGCAUCUUUAUACAAAUAAUACAAUUGAUUUUGAACUUUCAACGAAAUUAACUUUCCAUUGAUCCAAAUUUGAUUGAUUCCAAUCGAUUAUUUUAUCGGGCUUCUUUCGAAUAGAUGCGACUUGUAGUGCUUUUCUAGUGUUUUUACCUAUAUAUAAGAAGAUAAGAAGAAGAAGAAAAAUUCAUCCGAUGAGAAGAUGAGAAGAUGAGUCGAAGUCGUUGUUGACUUCGAAUGGAACCAACGUCAGGAAGUAGUAGCGAUUAUGCAGAGAUUUAUUCAAACAUCGUAGGAACGAGGAAGUCAUACGAAAGGAUACAGCGAGAGAGAGAUAGAAAAUGAAGAUCAAAAUCAUCUUCGCGUGCGCCACGGCCUUAACGAUAACAUCCGUGGCCUCGAUUACAAAGAUGAGCGGCGGCGGUGGUGGCAGGAAUCCGGCGGCGGUGGCCUUCGUGAAACCAAUCGAAGGUGAGGGCGAUUACGCUCGAGUUCUAGAGCUCUCUCUAUUGUUCUACGAAGCGCAACGAUCUGGUAAACUUCCGGAAGACAACAGAAUAUCCUGGAGAGGUGACUCCGCGUUGACCGAUCAUGGAAUCAAUGGCGAGGAUCUUACGGGUGGUUAUUACGACGCUGGUGAUUUCGUGAAAUUUGGUUUCACAAUGGCAUCGACGACAACCCUUUUAGCAUGGGGAGCUGCUAGUUGGCCGGAAGCUUACGUCGAGGCCGGUCAACUCGACGAAAUUCGCAAAGCUAUUAAAUGGGCUACUGACUAUUUCAUCAAAUGCCACGUAAGCGAGUAUGUCUUUUACGGACAAGUCGGAGACUUUUCCGUCGAUCACGCGUAUUGGGGAAGACCAGAAGAAUUAAAUACAACGAGGCCAGUUUACAAAAUCGAUCCUGAUCAUCCUGGUUCCGAUUUAGCUGGGGAAACUGCAGCGUCACUUGCAGCAUCCAGUAUCGUCUUCAAAAACGUUUAUCCAGAUUACAGCGAACGUUGUCUGAAGCAUGCGAAAGAGCUUUAUAAUUUUGCUAACAAAUAUCGUGGGCUUUAUCACAGUGCUAUUCGUGGAGCAGCGCAAUAUUACGAAAGCACAGAUUACGGGGAUGAGUUGGCUUGGGCCGCGGCUUGGCUCUUCAAAGCAACCAACGACUCGAGGUACCUCGAGGAUGCCGAGCAUCAUUAUCAACAUUUUCAUCUUAAAGAAAGGCCAAACGAGUUUUUCUAUAAUAAAAAGGUUGCCGGUGUCCAGGUUCUGUUAGCUCAACUGACCGGCCAAUCGGAAUAUCAAAAUGCCGCGCGCGCUUUUUGCGAUUUUUCCGUUAGACAACAAAAGCGUACACCCAAAGGGUUAUUAUAUAUCGAUAAAUUCGGUACCCUUUGCCAUGCUGCAAAUGUGGCCUUUGUUUGUCUGCAAGCUGCCGAUUAUCCCAAUAUCGGUGAUUCCCAGGAAUAUCGUCAAUUUGCAACCGACCAAAUUUCCUAUAUGUUAGGCAACAAGGGGAGAAGUUACGUGGUUGGAUAUGGAAAUAAUCCACCUGCGCAGCCGCAUCACGCAGCUUCCUCCUGUCCAGACAAACCAAUGCCUUGUGGCUGGUCAGAAUUCGAUAGGCAAGAACCUAAUCCUCAAAUACUUUACGGUGCUUUGGUAUCUGGACCCGACGAGGCCGACAAGUUUCAAGAUCAUAGAGAAGAAUAUAUUUACACGGAAGUGACGCUCGACUACAAUGCCGGUUUCACGAGCGUUUUAGCGGGACUCUUGCAGUUACGAAUUAAGAAAGUAGAAUGAAUAUUUGCAUUUAAUGUAACAUAAAUUCGCAUUAAUGUAACUCCAACGUCAAACUCUUACGUUAAAUUCUGACGUCAAACUCUGACGUCAAACUCUGACGUCAAACUCCGACGGAAGUCCGUCAUCGUCGAAGCUCACGCGAUUAUAUUACCAUUUUACAAAGAUUUCCUUACUUGCGCACGCAUACUGCAUUUUCUAACAUUUUUUCUACUAGGAAAAUGCCGAUUUUUUUUUCCUUUUUUCUUUACUCGUGGAGAGGAAUAAUAUUUUUAUAUUAUCAAAUCAGAAAUUAAAUUCUUUCCUAUACGAUCUUGAUUGUUCUGUUGAUUUUAUUACAUAUUUUCAUAUUUCGUAUUUUACCUUUUCCUUGUGCAGUAAACGCGAAAAUGCAUAUGCAAAAACAAGUUGCGAUCGUUUAUGAGAAGAUUCGAUCAAAAAUUAUAAUAAUUUGUUAGUUUCUUUUCUUUCUCCCCCAAUUAUAAUGAAAUUAUAAAAAGAAAUUCAAGGAUAAUGGCUAUGAGCUAUAUUUUUUUUACUUGCCUCUUGAUCGUAAUUCAUUUUCCUCUCUUCUGUACCAUUUGAAAAAAGAGAGAUGCUUAUUUUGUAGACAAACGUUAAAUAACAGAGUUUAUUCGAUACUUUUCUUUUUUUUUCCCUUCAUAGAGAUAUAUCAUCUUCAUUUUUUACGUAAUAGGGUAAAACCCUUAGAUUUAGCUCGUUAUUGCUUUUUUCUCAAUAUUAGGCUGUGUAUUAUAUUAUAUAUUAUUA